GGGUGAUGAUGAUGAUGAUGAUGAUGAUGACAAGGAGGAGGGGAGAGAUGGGACACGGCUGAUGCUGAUGCGAGAGCUCGUACGUGACUGUGGUCGACAUUGGCAAACGAUACAACUUCCCCUUUCCAUCUUUUUAAAUACUUGAAGUCGACAAGACUGUUUCUGCUCGACUGGUCCUUUUUUUUUUUUUUUUUUUUUUUUUUUUGGUAGGUGCGGAAUGAUCGCCGCGGCGUUCUGCUGGCCUUCUGGAGGGGCGGACACAGGUGGAUUGUGGCUUGCCGCAAAACGACAGCUGUAGCCUCGAUAUCCCCUUGGACGUGCGAAGAAGCGAGGACCUCCGUGGCUACACCCCCGAAUCCACGGACAUCCACGCCGACGUUUUGGUCCUAUGCGCCGGCACUUAGACGGGCGGACGGACGGCCUUGUUGGUGUUAGCGAGCUAAUAAGCUAAUUUGGCUAGCUAAGCUAGACGUUUCGCCUAUGGACAGGGGAGCGGUGCGAUGCUGGAAGGAGGAGUUUUAAAUUCUUGUUGCGGGAAUACUUUCCUUUAAACGCCAAAUAGAGAGCAUUAUUACAAUUUUAGAUCAAUCUUUUUUUCCUUUUUUUUUCUGUUCGAACGGUUUUUUGUUAUUAUUAGCGUGCCAGGCACCCACGACGAAUAGUCCUAAGUAAGCUAAUGUUUACACUUCUAUCUUUAUUUAAUGAAGUGGUUUAUUUCGCCGUCUUUCUGACUAAAUGUUAAAGUAUGUUUGUGCUGAAUGACCCAAGAGUGGACUUGCCCUGCUUCAAGUGCGCCAACUAUUUAAAUAUAGCUUAGAAGUAUAUCAAUUGAUUCGCUAACAUGGUUACUAGAGGCGGUUGCCAAGCAAUUAGCUUAAAAAAUGCUUUACAGUGCGUGAAAAGUGAAUUAUAUUUAUAUAGCACUUUUCUCUAGUGACUCAAAGCGUUUUUACAUAGUGAAACCCAAUAUCUAAGUUACAUUUAAACCAGUGUGAGGUGGGUAAAGUGUCUUGCCCGAGGACACAACGGCAUUGAUUGAUUGAUUGAAACUUUACUUUUACAUAUUCUGUACAAUUGACCACUAAAUGGUAACACCCGAAUAAGUUUUUCAACUUGUUUAAGUCGGGGUUCAUGUUAAUCAAUUCAUGGUAUUCAUGGGCAGUGACUAGGAUGGCGGAAGCAGGGAUCAAACCUGGAACCCUCAAGUUGCUCUACCACCCGAGCUAUACCGCCCCACAGUAAAGUCUUAUUUUCCCUUCCUUUUUGAGCUGUAAAUAUACACAAAUGCUAUUUGAAAUAUGGCAUUUUGGUUGCCGGACUGGAUUUUGACGAGCACAGUGAGAUAGGGUAGCCAAACGUAAAUGGAACCUACAGUGCUGUCAAGCCCUUUGGGGCACGCACAUCAAGCGUUCCCUCUUGGAUUCCUCGCCCUGAAUUCAGACAAUGGAGCUGUCCUUUGUCCAAACAACACCGGUCAGACAGGUUUGCAUUUUGGAGACCAGAACCUGACCUCCCAACAAGGCAACACGGAAAAGGCCUACCAGCAAGACACGCCGGUAGAGUUGGAUCAACUCUUAUACAUUUCUGAUUAUCCCUGUGGAGAUUUGUUUUUCGACGGCCGCCUUUCUCCUGAGUCACAAGUUCCUCUGCACAGAGGGGAGACGGAAAGAAACAAGGAACCAGAUGAAGCCAGUGACUUCAUGCUCUCGUGGCUUUUUUCUCCCAACUUCACUGAUGGGAAAAAGUUUGCAUUCGAGGAGGCCUCUUUUGGAGGCAGCGACGCCCUCAGGGGACAGACCGAGCUAAUCAUCAACAGUAGUGCGACCGUGUGUCCGCAGUCUAAAUGGAAUUCAGACACAAACCCAGGAGAGUCGCUUCUGUCCGUAGAUCAGGUUUGCGCCACCUCAAUGUCUUCAUGUGCGUCACAUGAUGUCACUGAAGCGCCGUCACUGGAGGAGCACAGGGAGACUUUGUCACCUGAAACUGCAGACGAAGGUUUAUUCCCAGAUCAAGUGACGUCUCUGCCAGUAAAGUGUAGCUCAAUGCUGCCAGAGCAACCUGACAGCAGCACACACCUGGCGUUCUUUCAGGGAUCUGGGCUUUUGAUGGAUUUAGAGGAUCCAGAUCCUGACAGUGGACUCACCCAUCAACCUGCUGGUCCUGUACAGUGGGAUCUGUCAGAAGAGUCCCAUGUGGAACAUGCUGGACUAUUCAGGACUAUAGAGCAACAAGGAGAGGGUGACUCAUCCUCUGUGAUUUUGUCACCUGGGGAUGCCUUCGUCCACGGCGACAUCCGCUACGAGAGCUUCUCUGCGGAGAGUACGCCAAAGGAUUUGAUGGGUAACAAAUGGAAAACUGAAGCAAAUGAGACAACAGCGUUGGAUUUGUGCUUAACCCCCGAUGAGGGACUUUGGAACUUGAAGCCGAAAGAGGGAGUACACAAUGACACCGCUCCUGAGGCGCUCAUGGAGUUGGAAACUUCUACUGCGGAGACUGCAUGGACUAGUGAGCCAAGUGUGGACACUGUUUCCCUCUCUAAGAUGGUGGAAGAUGACUCACUGCCAAUGGUUUCAGCUGUGAACACAAGAGAGGAAGAAGCCUCGCCGCUGAAAACUGUAUUUGACGCGUUAGACCAGGAUGGAGAUGGCUUUGUUCGCAUUGAGGAGUUUAUGGAGUUUGCUGCUGCGUAUGGGGCCGAUCAGGUAAAAGAUCUGACCAGGUUUCUUGAUCCCAGCGGCCUGGGAGUAAUCAGUUAUGAAGACUUCCACAGAGGAAUUUCAGCAAUCAGCAAUGGAGGCCCGGAGCCGCAGCUGUACAGUGCAAACUACAGUCCAGGAGACGGAGCUGUGGGCUGUCCAGAAGAAUAUGACGAGCAAAAUGAGGUGACCGACAGUGCGUACCUGGGUUCAGAGAGCACCUACAGUGAAUGUGAGACCUUCACUGAUGAGGACACCGGCGCCCUUGUGCCCCCCGAGAUGCACGAGGAUGUGGACACGGACAGCGGUAUCGAGGCGGCUCUUCACGACCCCGAAGACGCCAUGAACAGGUUCUCCCUAAACUCGGAACUGCACAACGACUCCCUGGUGACGGUCAUCGGUGGCGAGGAGGAGCACUUUGAAGAUUUCGGGGAGAGCAAUACCUCAGAACUAUUGCUGGAAAACAACCAGGAUGGCGUGGCCGACUCCCCUCUCGCACAGACGCCACAGCAGCUCAAUGUCUCCUCUCUGCUCUCUCCCAGCGCACCCGCUCCUCUCCCUGACUGCUUUCAGAGCUUCCUCAGGGAGGAGGCGCUGGACUUUUUCUGUAGCCAAUGUCACAAACAAAUAAGUCGCCUUGAGGACCUCUCCACGCGCCUCAAUUACCUAGAGAUGACUAGUGCUGGCAAGAGGCUGUCCAGCAAGAAGGUGGCAAGGCAUCUUCUGCAGAACAGUUCAAUAACACUGGACACCGUGAGCGACUUGACCCGCGACAUUCUGGAGCUGGCCGACAAUGAUAUCACAGAUAAGAUGCUGCUGCUCGAGCGUCGCGUGGCUGAGCUGGAGAAGGAGUCUGAAGCUUCGGGGGAGCAGCACACUCGCCUGCGGCAGGAGAAUCUUCAGCUGGUACACCGCGCUAACGCCUUGGAGGAGCAGCUGAAGGAGCAGGAGCUUCUCGCGGACGAGCAGCUGCAUUACGAGACGCGGCGUCACAAGGAGGCUCUGAGCAAAAUGGAGAGGGAGAGAGGAAUGGAGGUGGAGAACUUGCAAGCCAGAACGCAGCAACUAGAUGAAGAGAAUAGUGAGCUGAGGUCCUGUGUUCCUUGUCUACGAGCCAACAUUGAGAGAUUAGAAGAGGAGAAACAGAGACUUGAAGACGAGACGGAUGUGAUGACCACCAGGUGGAAGGACGAGAUGGAGUCCCGCCAGAAGAUGGCUGACAAGCUGAGCUAUGAACGCCAUCAGAACCAGAAAGAGAAGGAGAGCACGCAGGAGCUGAUUGAGGAUCUGCGCAAACAGCUUGAGCACUUGCAGUUAUACAAGCUGGAGGCGGAAGCAAAAAGAGGCCGCACACCCGGCGCGGGAUUGCAGGAGUACCAGACGCGCACCCGUGAAGCAGAACUGGAACAAGAGAUCAAACGACUCAAACAGGACAACCGCAGCCUAAAGGAGCAGAAUGACGAGCUGAACGGCCAGAUCAUCAACCUGAGCAUCCAGGGAGCAAAGAGCCUCAUGUCGGCCUCAUUUUCAGACUCUUUGGCAGCUGAGAUUAACUCUGUGUCACGCUCUGAGUUGAUGGAGACUAUUCACAAACAGGAAGAGAUCAACUACAGGCUCCAGGACUACAUUGACAAAGUAAUCGUGGCCAUCAUGGAGUCCAACCCUUCCAUUCUCGAAGUCAAAUAGGCACCGCCGUGACGUCAUCAACAACACCAACGCCCCCUAAAAGAAUACAAUUUGUUUUAGUGCGCUUCAGGUUCUGGUGACUUCCAUGUUAUUGGCCAGAGGAACCCAAGCCUGCACAGCUGGAUGAAUGUGUGAAAGUUAAUCACCCCCUCCCCCGUCCACUUAAAGCGAAGGAUUAGGCAGUUCUAUACCUCGAAGGCCUUAAAAUGGGUGGUGAUCACAUGUAUCCUGCAUACUUGCAACGUGUCAGGCUGAAUGGUGUUGAAGAAGCCGUAUGAAGCACUGCUCAGUUUGUCUGGGGACAUUUUUGAAGAGGAAAAAUGCCCUUAGGGUUCUUUUUGUGUGAUGUGACUUUUUUUUUAAUUUUUUUUUUUACAGUUCCUAUCCUAAAUUGCAUCAUCUCAUGACUAUUAUUUUACAAUGACACAGAGUCCUGGAGUCCUCACUCCAGUGUUCUCUUGCUGAGUGAAAGAAUAAUGCGUGUGUGUAUUUGCUGCACAGGUGAAACUGUCAAGACUGAAAAUAUGUUAUGUGAAGAAUCUUAUAGUUGCACUAUUUUGUUUUUUAUUUGUUAAAGGGAUCAAAUUGUGAUAUAAGUUGUGGGAUUUCACGCCCGCUCAGGUGACAACCAACCUAUGAGGCAAUCAUGUACGUAGAAGGACAACUUUUGCACGUCCCGGGACAGCCUUGCGUUAAUCGACUUGGACGGCCCUUUAUUCCUUCAACCGCCAUCUGCUUUUUUCCCCCACACGUGUUGCACAACACUACACCGAUGCUGCACCCGGGAGGACAAACGGACAAAGGACCUCAAAGAAUGGACACUUGACGGCUUCGCUUUCUGCACAAAACUUUCACCUGCCACUCCAUGAAAUAUGGCCUUGGAUGUAAAUGACUUGUAAAGUUUUUUCUACACUCAUUCUAGAUUCUAGGUAUUUUUGUAGUCUUGAGGGGAACAACGACAAAACAUUUUCUCACCUUGACGUGAGGGAAAGAACAAGGCUGCCUACAGUAUAUUGCUCUCUAGCAUGUAGCGUGUACAGCACCGUUGUUUUCGAUUAUUCACAGGUAUUUAUUCAACGCGGUCAACGUUUUCUUUGUUUCAAAGCGAUUAUUUAAUUCACGGAUGUGCAUAUCAUCUCAAAGGCGCAAUAGCUUUGGUCUGUAUACCGCUGUCACCACUCAAGGGUCUUAUUAUAGAAGCUUCUAGAGUCGUCUUCCCGUUUGGAGUCAGGUACUGCAUGGAAACACUGAUUUUCAUUGUACAGUUCAGUCUACUGAGUGAUGAUAUUCUCUAAUUUCCUUGCUUUUACUGCCCCACUUAAUUGUUCCUCAUUCAAGCUGUCCGCAAUUCACGAGCGACGCUUAAGAGCGCUAAUAGGGUAGACGGUCAAGCGGUAGAAAAUGGAUGGAUGGAUGGUCUGAAUGACUACACUCCUUUUAAGCAGAGCAGAUUGCACUUUAACAGAUUCCUUUCAAAUCCUGGUUUCAAAAUGACCAAAGAUGUGAUAAUUUAUCCCAAUCAUUCAUCACGCUCACUUUUUCUUCAGAUGAAGUUAAAAUAGUCUAAAACACUGCCUGUGCUCCAAACACACUUGAUAAUAAUGGGGGGAGAAAAGCACUGACCACAUCAGUCACCUUUUUGUUGAAGUAAUCAAUAAUGAAAUUGUAUAUAGGAAUCCUAUUUUUUCCCCUGACAUAUCACUUCCAAUGUCCAAAGAAAAAGCGCAGGACUUGCCAUUCGUUGUGCGACAUGGGAAGAUGAAAUAUUAUAGAAAGAUGAAAUACUCAUAUUUUUAAAUAUAAUGUAUAAAUUAUAUAACCCUGUUGGUUAAAGCUGUAUAUUAUUUGUGGGAAUACCCCCCUAUAGAUCCAGUUGUUAUCAGGAGGUGGGGGAAUCUAAUUACAGUCAUUGUAAAAAGAGAAAUUAUAAAAGUAAGCAGUGAGUGUACGAGUAGGAAAAUAAAAGGAUUAAAAUAACUUGUGUGCG